GGGUACACAAUGGUUGCGGUCCGCUGAUCCAUCCAAAGCUGCAGUUCUGAUGAGUGUGGCCCAUUUCUGGGUCAGUGAACAAAAUGGCACCUGACACACUGAAUGGGGAACAGACAGGGCACACCGAGGCUAUAAAACAUACACACACACGUGCACGCAAGCACGCACAAACACACGCACAGACACGCACUCACGCUCUCAACCAAAAGUGCAUUCACAUGCUGACACAGAUUCUCACAAACCUAAACUCACACUCCCCGUCGAAAGAUUUCACUGACAUGAGUUCAUCGCCGUAUUUCCCAGCGCGAUCCGCGCUGUUCCGUAAGGAGGCCAAUGGAGUGACGUACCGUGUCCCUGCCCUGCUCUACCUGUCCCUGUCCAACUCCUUCCUGGCCUUUUGUGAGGAGAGACUCAGCCCCUCAGACGCCCAGGCUCACCUGCUGGUCAUGCGCAAGGGCACAUUCUACAGGAACUAUGUAGAGUGGGAGGACAUGAGUGUUCUGGGUACGGCUCAGUUGGCGGGCCACCGGUCGAUGAACCCGUGUCCUCUGUAUGACGAGUUCACAGGCACCCUCUUCCUGUUCUUCAUCGCUGUGCUGGGCCACACCUCCGAGUCCUACCAGCUGGUGACGGGUAAGAAUGUAACGCGCCUCUGCUUCAUCUCCAGUAACGACCAGGGCAACACCUGGAGCCCUGCCACUGACCUCACCAAGAGGGUCAUAGGAGACACCAUCAAAGACUGGGCAACCUUCGCCCUGGGCCCGGGACACGGCAUCCAGCUCAAGUCAGGCCGUCUGCUGGUGCCAGCGUACGCCUACCACAUCGACUGCAAGGAGUGCUUUGGCCAGUUGUGCCUGACCACACCCCACGCUUUCUGUUUCCAUAGCGACACCCACGGGCGGACGUGGCGUUUUGGGGAGGCGGUGCCAGGGCCAGAGAGCGUGGAGUGCCAGAUGGUGUCUGUGGAUCAGGAGGAUGGCACCAACGUGCUGUACUGUAACGCCCGGAGCCCUCUGGGCUGCAGGGUCCAGGCCCUCAGUCUGGAUGAUGGAGCUGUCUUCCAGGAUGGACAGCUGGUGCAGCGGCUCACAGAGCCACGUAAUGGCUGCCACGGUAGCGUAGUGGGGUUCCCUGCCCCCCUACACCUCAACCUCCGCCCUCGGCCACCCACCCACGCCAGACACUGGACAUCCUUCGAGGCUAAGACUGGUGACUCCUCCCCACCCACCGGCCCUCCCCCUCCCAGCUCCCCACAGAAUUUCCUUACACCCACCUGGGUGGUGUACUCCCACCCGACGUGGACCAACGUGAGGAAGGACCUGGGGGUGUACCUCAGCCUGUUCCCCCGUGACCCGGACAGCUGGUCUGGCCCGUGGGUGAUCUACGAGGGCCCCAGUGCCUACUCUGACCUGGCCUACCUGGAGCUGCCGUCAGCUGGGGCCCCGUCGGCCGUGGCCUUCGCCUGUCUGUUUGAGUGCGGCACCAGCACAGCUUAUGAUGAGAUCUCCUUCAGCAUCUUCACCCUCUACGAGCUCAUUGACAACCUGCCACGCAACACAAAGUCAGGCAGCGACACACAGCUACUCAGCAACACACAGCCACCCAGCAACACACAGUCACCCAGCAACACACAGCCACCCAGCAACACACAGCCACCCAGCAACACACAGCCACCCAGCAACACACAGUCACCCAGCAACACACAGCCACCCAGCAACACACAGAGCUUCCACAACACAACACAACGCAAGCAAGAGAGACCAGAGGCGAGGAAGAGGAGGACGAGGAAUAUAUGUGGUCUUUGCAAUGUUUCCUAACUGCUAAUUAACCGUUAAUCCUAGUGUUUUCUGCUCGUUUCCUUCUGAAGCUCAUGAAAAAAGUGUACAACAGAGUCAUAUUUAAAUGCGGUCCACAGAGUUCUGACGUUUUACGUCUGCUGAUGAAUUUGUUUUGUCUGAUAUCUAGUCCAUCCACGCCUAGUAACCCUCGACUUAAUGCACAUACUGUGUGUUUACAUGUAGUGGUUGUGUCACGAUAAUGCAGAAACAUUGCUGUAGUAGCCACGAUUUAUUGAAUAUUAGCCAGGGGCAGCCUACAGAUGUAGGAUCUUAAUUUGAGCCAGUUUGCUCCUGCUGCAAAAGGAAAUGUGAAUUAUUACGUGUAUUAUAAUGAAUGGACAUUUUUGUAAGGGUUGAUACAUUUUUCAUAUAGGGAAAAUCAAGUCUGAAAUUACUAAGUGGGAAUGACAAACUAAAUAAUCAUUUUUAAACCUAAAAUGCACUGCACGUUUUAAAUGUCGUGCAUUGCAGGAAAGUUAUCCUGCAGAAGGGUGAUCAAAUGAAGAGCCUACAUCUGUAUAACUUGAAAUGCAUUUUCUGCUGGAUUGUUGUAAUCGACCAAGAACACCACUAGAUGCUCACAAACAUAACUUUGAAUCAUCCUUUAUUAAACCAACCAUCCUUUAUUAAACCAACCAUUCUUUAUUAAACCAACCAUCCUUUAUUAAACCAACCAUUCUUUAUUAAACCAACCAUUCUUUAUUAAACCAACCAUCCUUUAUUAAACAAACCAUCCUUUAUUAAACCAACCAUUCUUUAUUAAACCAACCAUUCUUUAUUAAACCAACCAUUCUUUAUUAAACCAACCAUAUUUUAUUAAACAAACCAUCCUUUAUUAAACCAACCAUUCUUUAUUAAACCAACCAUUCUUUAUUAAACCAACCAUUCUUUAUUAAACAAACCAUCCUUUAUUAAACCAACCAUUCUUUAUUAAACCAACCAUUCUUUAUUAAUCCAACCAUUCUUUAUUAAACCAACCAUUCUUUAUUAAACCAACCAUUCUUUAUUAAACCAACCAUCCUUUAUUAAACAAACCAUCCUUUAUUAAACCAACCAUUCUUUAUUAAACCAACCAUUCUUUAUUAAACCAACCAUUCUUUAUUAAACAAACCAUCCUUUAUUAAACCAACCAUUCUUUAUUAAACCAACCAUUCUUUAUUAAUCCAACCAUUCUUUAUUAAACCAACCAUUCUUUAUUAAACCAACCAUCCUUUAUUAAACCAACAAUCCUUUAUUAAACCAACCAUUCUUUAUUAAACCAACCAUUCUUUAUUAAACCAACCAUAUUUUAUUACACCAACCAUCCUUUAUUAAACCAACCAUUCUUUUUUAAACCAACCAUCCUUUAUUAAACCAACCAUUCUUUAUUAAACCAACCAUUCUUUAUUAAACCAACCAUCCUUUAUUAAACAAACCAUCCUUUAUUAAACCAACCAUAUUUUAUUACACCAACCAUCCUUUAUUAAACCAACCAUUCUUUUUUAAACCAACCAUCCUUUAUUAAACCAACCAUUCUUUAUUAAACCAACCAUUCUUUAUUAAACCAACCAUAUUUUAUUACACCAACCAUCCUUUAUUAAACCAACCAUUCUUUUUUAAACCAACCAUUCUUUAUUAAACCAACCAUUCUUUAUUAAACCAACCAUUCUUUAUUAAACAAACCAUCCUUUAUUAAACCAACCAUUCUUUAUUAAACCAACCAUUCUUUAUUAGACCAACCAUUCUUUAUUAAACCAACCAUUCUUCCUCUGCAGUAUUUGUGUACUGAUUGGUACACUACAUGAGCAAAAGUAUGUGGACACCUGCUUGUUGAACAUCUCAUUCCAAAAUCAUGGCCAUUAAAAUGGAGUUGGUCUCCCCUUUGCUGUCAUAACAGC